AUGGCGAGGCGAGGCCCCAAAGCGUGGAUGCAUCAUUGUGCCACGGUCGUACAAUCGUCUUUUCGUCUGGUUGCCAAGAAUUUCAUAAGCAGACAAGACUUCUGCAAACUUGGUCGAAGCCUCUUCGUUUUAAAUGAAGAAGAGGCUCGUAAAUACACACGAAAUUCACGAAUGAUUGAAAUUCAGUCUUCGUUGUCAGAGCGAGCGAUAGAAUUGUUGGCGUUACCAGAAGAUCAGAGCUGCUUUAUUUUGGAUAUUGGGUGUGGUUCUGGCUUAAGUGGAGAAUGCCUGACAGAAAAUGGCCACUUUUGGAUCGGGCUUGAUAUCAGUUCUGCAAUGUUAGAUGUUGCUCUUGAACGAGAAGUUGAUGGAGACUUAAUUUUGAAUGAUAUGGGAACAGGAAUGCCAUUUAAGCCAGGUGUGUUUGAUGCUGUAAUCAGUAUUUCUGCUCUUCAAUGGUUAUGCAAUGCUGACAAGAAAUAUCACAACCCCAUAAAAAGAAUGUACAAAUUUUUCAGCACCCUCUAUGCUUGUAUGGCUCGCAGUUCUCGUGCUGUUUUCCAAAUUUACCCCGAGAAUGGAGCUCAGUUAGAGUUAUUAACGCAACAGUCCAUGCGUGCAGGAUUCAGUGGUGGCUUAGUGGUUGACUACCCAAACAGUACAAAAGCCAAAAAAAUUUUCCUUUGUCUUUUUGCUGGUGGCCAACAACAAUUGCCUAAAGGACUUGGAACAGAAGACAGUAUUUUGAAUCAAAACCAAAUUUCCUUUAUUGAUAAAAGGGAGAGAGUGAAGAAGCUAAGAGGCUGUAAAAACGCUAAAAAAAGUCGUGAUUGGAUUCUGGAAAAGAAAGAAAGGCGACGAAGACAAGGAAGGGAUACACGCCCAGACAGCAAAUAUACUGCCCGAAACAGAGGACCCAAAUUUUGA